AUGCUGAAACUUAUUCAACCAAAACCAUUCGAUAGAAUUGAUCCAAAUGUUAUUAAUAAUCCAAUUCAAACAUUAGAUCCAAUUGUUAAAACUCCUUCUAAUUCAUCUUCUACUAUUACAACUGAAUUUUUUGAAACUCAUGAUACUUAUUUUCCAACUUUAUUAAAUGAAACGAAUUUGCCACAAAUUAUAAUUAAUUUGAAACCUCAUAUGGUUCAACCAUUACCAAAGAAUAUUAAAUUAGAUUUAAGAAAUAUUAAUGUUGCUUCUGUUAAAGGUUUCCCCUUUUUUAAUGAUAGAGAUUUAAACGAUGAUUUGAUUAUGUUAAAAAUUUUACAAAAUGAAUUUGAUAAUAAAGAUUGGUCUGAUUUAGUUUUAAGAGAUGAAAUUGAUGAUGAUAAAGAGGAAGAAGAAGAAAUGAAUGAAGUUAAUUUGGAUCAAAUUUUUGAAAAUAUUUAUAAUUUAUAA